AUGCCCAACCCUACGCCCUCUGGCGCAGCCGUCGCCGGUAACCAGCCCAACCCGGAUGAUUCUGCCUCGACAAUCACCGUAAAUACCAAAGCGCCGUCCACUUUCCCUCCUCCCAAGACUGACAAGCCACGACCCCACGUCUGCGCGACUUGCCAACGCUCCUUUGCCCGCCUGGAGCAUCUCAAGCGUCACGAGCGCUCCCAUACCAAAGAGAAGCCGUUCGAGUGCCCCGAGUGCGCAAGAUGCUUCGCUCGUCGCGACCUGCUUCUGCGGCACCAGCAGAAGCUACACCAGACGUCGACUCCAUCGUCGCGUCCUCGAAACCGCCGUGAGUCGGCCAGCGGCAUUGGUCCGGCCCAGAGCAGAGCCCGCAAGAACAGCGUGGCCGGCACUAACCCCACUGGAGCCAAUACGGCGGCCACAUCCAUGAGGCCCAGAGCAAACACAAUCAGCCAUGUCGAUGGUGCCGCUAUGCAGAUGAUCGCCUCGGCCAACGUCUCUGUUGCGCGAGGCAUGGCCGCCCACAGUCGUCACCCGAGCCUUGCCGGCUUGCCCGUUCACAACCUGGACCACGUCUUUGGUGGCAUGUCGGCGGCCCUGGGCCAGAGAGGGAUGCACCACGGCCUGCCGAAGCUGGAGACCGCCCAGAUGAGCAGCAAUGAAUUCGAGAAUGGCCUCAGAACGGCCCCCCCAAUGGCCGUCUUCAACUCGGAAUUUGACUUCGAGGGUCUCCUAUUCGGACCAGGCUCGACGAUCAACCCCAACGCCCUUCACUACAACGACUCCCCGCAGUCCAUGGCAGUGGACCAGACUUCGCCUUUCGGACAUGGCUUAAACGACGUGGCGUCGAGCCAGCCUUUCGACGACGGCCUCGACUGGCUCACCGGGUUCGAGCACCAGAUGUCUUUCCAGACCAACGAGAACGUGGUGGACGGGUCGAGCCCGUCUGCCAUCAGCACGACGAGCCAGAGUGGGAUAAGCGAUGUGAUGCUGGACGGAUCAAACCACCCAGCGCCGUCCGGGACAAGCACCAUGUGGCAACCCUCCAUCAUGGGACCUCCGCAGAUGCCGAACCCUUUUGCGAUGGAUCUGAAUGGGUCGGUCUUUCCUGAUCUCCUCAAUGGAGCCCCUCUAUCACCCCAGCCAGCUUCUCAAAAGAUCAAUGACCCGUACUUCUCUACGCCUCCGCCUUCGUUGAGCUCGUUGAGCCCAUCCGUCGUGUCUGGACUGAACACUCAGAACCUGAAUCAGACUCUGGGCUUCACCGCCGGCCCCGAAACUCCGUCAUCCCUCGGCGGCGGCAACAACGGCGCCUCUCCCGUGACAACCAUCUCAGAUGCCACUCGGACUGCCAUUGUGAACGCCCUCUCCCAAUGUGUGCCCUUUGGCGGCCGUAAAUAUUCCAUCACCUCUCAGAACUCGCCGCUAUCGCCCCAGUUCCAGUCUGGCGCGAACGCAACCUCCUCCGCCCAGGCAGCAGCCAAGUUGCCAAGUACUCAGGACUUGCAACGUUACGUGGGAGCCUACCUGACCUAUUUCCAUCCUCACCUCCCGUUCUUGCACAUUCCCACCCUGUCAUUUGACCGGUCUUCCACUUCAAGCGGUCGUUCUGUCGGUGUAGGCGGUAGUGCUUGCCUCAUCCUCCCAAUGGCCGCAAUUGGUGCUCUCUAUGAGAUGGAGCACGCGCAGUCUAAGGAGCUGUUUGACUUGGGCAAAAAGAUGGUCUUUGACUACCUCGAAGAGCGAAGGAAAGCGGACGCUCGCAGGACAGAGGCUCGUCGCAGCCCUCCAGGCACCGACCAAACCUCCCACACGGAUGACGGUUCGGCCCAGACCCCGGUUUGGCUCGUCCAAGCUAUGCUUCUCAACGUCGUCUACGGCCACAACGGUGCCGACAAGACGGCGAGCGACAUCGCCUCGACGCAUUGUGCUGCCUUGGUAAGUCUCGCCCAGGCGGCAGAUCUUUUGCGGCCCAGCCAGGCCAACCUCGUGGUGAAGCGGGAUAUUCGGAUGGGCGAUGAUUCUACCUGGGGUCGCCAACACGACCAAGAGGAGCACCAGGAGUGGCUGCAAUGGAAGAACAAGGAGGAGAGAAAACGCACGCUUUACGCCGUUUUCAUCAUGUCCAGCCUACUCGUGGCCGCCUACAACAACACUCCAGCACUGACAAACUCGGAAAUCGUGCUCGACUUGCCCUGCGACGAGGAGUUUUAUGCUGCGGAAAACAGCGCUGCGUUUUUUGCCAAGGGUGGUGUCGAAGCUGCUGACCACAACCGCAUGACAUUCUAUGACGCUUUGGGGGAGCUCCUCCGGACAAAUGAGAAGCGGCAGAAGGCCCUCGAGUCCCCCGCCGGUCACGAUGCCGAUCCGCCCUUGACUGAGUUGAAGCCAAGCACCUUUGGCUGCCUGGUCUUGAUCAAUGCUUUGCACAACUACAUCUGGGAGACGCGCCAGCGACAUCACGGCAAGGUAUGGACAAACGAGGAAACGGAAAUGAUGCACAGGCACAUCGAGCCUGCCUUGAAGGCUUGGCAGAUGGCAUGGGCAAGCAACCCGCACCACAGCGUCGAGCGGCCGAACCCCUUUGGCCACGGGCCCCUCUCUGCCGAUGCCAUCCCGCUACUCGACCUCGCUUAUGUGCGACUCUUUGUCAAUCUGUCACGGUCCAGGGAGAAGUUUUGGCAGCGAGACUGGGACGGGGUGGUUGAGGAGCUGGCCCGCGGGAAUGGGGUUGCCCAGCAAGCCGAGCGCUCCCAACAUCUGCGUAAAGCUGCCUUUUACGCCGCCGACUCACUGGCCAUGUCGGACAAGCUUGGCGUGACCUUUGCCGACUUCACGAGUCGGGAGCUCCCUCUGCAGUCGGCCCUUUGUGUUUUCGACUGUGUCCAGGUUCUCUCCGAGUGGAUAGCGACCCUCCAGGACAGGGUUGGCCGUUACCUCGGCAUACUUGGACAGGAUUCGGUAGAUGUCGGACAGAUUCCCGCCAUCAUGCUACUCGAGGAAGAAGACGUGAAGCUGCUCGACAAGAUACGCGAGAUCUUGGCGUCGGCCGAGCUGAAACUCAACAUAAACUUGGUGUCGGACGCCAUGAAAGGAGUAGAGCCGGCAUCACAACCAAACAGUCAUGGCAGCUUUGCGACCAAGAUUCUGCGACUUACCGCUUUCACAAUGGAGAAGGCUACCGUCUGGCCAGUCACCCAGAUCAUGGCCCAUUGUCUCGAGACGCACGCCAAUCACGCGCAAACAAGAGCCGAAAGGUCGAUUGCGUUUUCAGACUGA